AUGUCAUCUCAAAAAGUCCUUAUCACCGGUCUGAACGGAUUCGUGGCACCUCACAUCGCUGUCGAAUUCCUCAACAACGGGUGGAACGUACGAGGUACGGUCAGAUCCAAUUCAAAGAAAGAUUCCACUCUCAAUCUACCUUAUCUCAAGAAAUGGGCAGAUCAAGGAAAGUUGGAAGCUGUGAUUGUAGAAGAUUUCCUUACUUCCGAUUGGACCGAAGCUCUAAAUGGAGUCGAUGCCGUCGUUCUAGCUGCUUCACCUUUCGACAUGACCUUGACUACUUACGAAGAAUUCGCUCGUCCUGCUGUUCAAGGCACUCAAAGAAUACUGGAGGCUGCUGCGAAGAUAUCCAGCAUCAAGGCAGUCGCGUACGUCUCGUCGACAACCGCACUCAUGGACUACUUUCAGCCUAUGUCACCGUACCAAAGCAAGCUGGUGACCAAAAAAGAUUGGCUACCCUGGACAGAGGAAGAUGCCACCAAAGAAGGUUUCGCUUCCCCUCAAUGGUACUGCAUUUCCAAGAAGUAUGCUGAGCUGAAAGCUAGGGAAACCAAAGAAAAAACCGCAGCGUCAUGGGCAUUGUCUACAUACGUUCCUCCAGGUAUUUAUGGUCCCGUUCAACAAGUCAACGAUGCGAAACAGCUUACGAGCCAAUUUGGCUCUGACCUCUCCACCACUACACUAUACACUGUUCUUUGUGGAGGAGAAAAAGCACCGUUGCCUCCCGAUUACAAUGUUCAAUAUGUCGAUGUCCGAGAUCUAGCAGCAGCGAUCUACGCGGGAAUCACCAAGAAAGCCACUGGGAGAUAUAUCACUGCAGGCGAUGAAAUUGUUUUCCAAAAACUCGUGAAUAUCGCCAGAAAGCUUAGACCUGAUUUGGCCAAGUUCUUCCCCAAAGGAGAUCCUGAGGCUUCGGAACUGGUGGUAGAUGGUGCCUACAAGUAUGAUACUUCUCCCAGUCAAAUUGAACUUGGGAUCAAAUAUCGAACUUUAGAAGAUACUGUUCGAGACACUAUAGCUAGAUUCGAGGAGAUGGGAGCCUACAAGUCAGCAUAG